CGCAGAACAAGCAGCUUCUUCCGAAUCCCGUGCUGAAUCGUCGCAAACGCGUCCCUAAUGAAGAACAGAUGUAUUUAAAUAUUGGCCUCGGUGGAGGGCUGCGGAUCAUCAAUUUGCCCUGUGGUAAACCAACGCCAUGGGCACAUUCUCUGUUCUUAUCAAGUUUGAGUCUGAGGAGGACGGGGAAGUAUAUUUCGCCGACCUUGGCCCUGAUGCUCAAGGCCCACCAACUGUUGGGACAAGAGUCAGCGCAGUCAAGUCUUUACAGGACUUGACUGAUAGCCACGUAACCAAAACUGUAUCAAUUCGUCGUCUGUUAGCACCACUGCCGAGAGAUGACCUACCUUUAUACUGCGUUGGGCUGAACUACCGCAGCCACGCCAAAGAAGCUUCGCUAACGUUGACGUCGGUACCUCCUCUGUGGACAAAGCCAGCUGCAUCCCUUGCAAACCCAGAUGAGGACAUUCCACUCAACGACUUCUGCGCAAAGAGCCUCCCAGACUAUGAGGGCGAGCUCGUAUUUGUGACUUCCAAGCAGUGUCGCGACAUAUCUCCCCAAGAAGCCAAGGACUACAUCCUGGGAUACACCGUUGGCAACGACAUUUCUUGCCGCAUGUACCAGCUCCCCAAGCAUUCAGCCGGUCAAUUCUUCUUCGCCAAGGCUUUCGACAAGUUUGCGCCUAUUGGUCCCGCAUUGAUCAGCCCAGCCAUUUUUGGCGACGGUUCGGGCUUUUCUGUAGAAGCAAAGGUGAAUGGUAAGGUUCGACAGGUAGCGGAGUUUAAGAAAGAUAUGGUUUUCUCGCCGGAGCAGAUUCUGAGCCAUAUGAGUCAAGGAACAACCAUCCCUGCUGGUACGGCUAUCAUGACAGGAACACCCGCUGGAGUCGGCGCUUUCCAUAGUCCCAAGGUGUUUCUCAAAGAUGGCGAUGUGCUCGAAGUCACCAUGGCAAAAGUUGGAACAUUGAGGAACGUGAUCAAGUUUGAGUAAGCAUCAGUUGGGUUUUUGACGCGUGUGAUAGUCUCUGUACAAAGAGUUGCUAUCUUCCUGUUUAGUAGAUUUAUGUAAAAUCGCAUCAGACAGUCUAUGUGGCUUAUAGAGAACGUUAUUUAUAUUUAUAGAAAAGAACCCAAUAGACGCCAAG